AUGAGUAAUGGUGUCUUCCGGGUGGACAACGAUUGGUCCACUCCCCCACGUCCCCGAGUGCUGCCUGUCGUAAGAGAACAACAGAGAGCGGAGCGGAGCGGAGCGGACUCGCGGUUCCGAGUCUCUGCCGAGCUGCCACCGAACAACGGAGAUUCCCAUCACCACGCCGACGAGUCAGGCCCACUGGGACGCUCUUGUGUGUGCUGUGAAAAGUGCAGUGUGGCUUGUCAACAACAGGAGUGUGUGUGGAGUUUUUGGGCUUGUCUUUGUCUCCCUUGCGCCUGCUGUGACUGCUUGCACACCUCCAGAGGAAAGCCCCAUCCUGCACUUCACCCCAAGCGAGCACCCCACCGCCGUCCAGCGCUCGCUUCAAGCUUUUGCAGGGCGGAGGUCCGGUCCGGCGUUUCCAAGCUGGACGAAGGACAGGAGAGCGCGCCCGGGGGCCCGGCCUUCGUGCUGCGACACAGAACUUCCAGCCAUGCGGCACAAACUGCAGAUAGCGCACCGGCGGGAGCCCCUGAGAAGGGCUGCGCUUUUGCCACCUCAGGUUCUUCAGACGGACACCUCGGCGUCCUACGGUGCCACUCGCACAACGGGGGUCUCCCGACGUGCGACAAGGUGAGGAGAAAAAAGGAGGAAGACGGCCGAGGAGAGGCGGAGGACGAGGGCCGGGACGAUCGGAGCAGCGACGAAGGCUUCAUGGGGAUGACGCCGCUUCUGCAGGCGCACCACGCCAUGGAGAAGAUGGAGGAGUUUGUGCACAAGGUGUGGGAGGGGCGGUGGCGCGUCAUCCCGCACGACGUGCUCCCCGACUGGCUGAAGGACAACGACUUCCUGCUCCACGGCCACCGGCCGCCCAUGCCUUCGUUCCGCGCCUGCUUCAGGAGCAUCUUCAGGAUCCACACGGAGACGGGAAACAUCUGGACACACCUGCUAGGCUGCCUUUUUUUCCUCUGCCUGGGGCUGAUGUACAUGUUCCGACCCAACAUGUCGUUCGUGGCGCCGGUCCAGGAGAAGGUGGCCAUCGGCAUGUUCUUCCUGGGCGCCAUCCUCUGCCUGUCCUUCUCGUGGCUCUUCCACACCGUCUACUGCCACUCGGAGGGCGUGUCCAGGGUCUUCUCCAAGCUGGACUACAGCGGCAUCGCCUUCCUGAUCAUGGGCUCGUUCGUGCCGUGGCUCUACUACUCCUUCUACUGCUCCCCCCAGCCGUGCAUCAUCUACCUGCUGGUGGUGUGCGUGCUGGGGCUGUCCGCCAUCACCGUGUCCCAGUGCGACUUCUUCGCCACGCCGCAGUACCGAGGAGUCCGCGCAGGCGUGUUCGUGGGCUUGGGUCUGAGCGGCGUGGUGCCCACCCUUCACUUCGUCAUCAGCGAGGGCCUGAUCCGGGCCACCACCAUCGGGCAGAUGGGCUGGCUCCUACUCAUGGCCACGCUUUACAUCACCGGAGCGUGCCUGUACGCCGCUCGCAUCCCGGAGAGGUUUUUCCCCGGCAAGUGCGACAUCUGGUUCCACUCUCACCAGUUGUUCCACAUCCUGGUGGUGGCGGGCGCUUUCGUUCAUUUCCACGGCGUCUCCAACCUGCAGGAGUUUCGCUACACAGCCGGGGCGGGUUGCACCGACGACGGAAUGCUCUAACGCGCAGGUGGUCGCUUCCACCUUACUACAGGGAGCCGUCUUUAUUUUUUCUUUUUCUGUUUUGUAACGAAGCGCACAGUCAACCUGCCGCCCUCCCCGGAGGACAAUGUGGCUUGUCGUGUCGCAGGAGGGCCUGACAGGGGGCGCCAUUUCAAAACUGACCUUCUCCUCUCAAGCCACUUUGUGAGAGCUACACUAAAUACGAGCUGGGACCUCUGGAAUAUAACCAUCCAUUUCCUCUUGGAGAUUUUCAUGAUUUAUAUCGCAGAGGAAGCGUCUUUUUUUUUUUUUUUUUUUUUGAAGAAAAAAAAUAUAUUUUGGGGUGUUUGUAUGAAUGCUGUUUUUUCUAAUUCAAACCUAAGAGCAUUCAUAUAAAAAAAUGUACUUGAAUAUCUUCCUUGAUUGCGACGGUUGCAAUGGGGACUUCUACGGGGUGUCACUUUUAGAUAAAAAGAUUUUUUCCAUGUAAAUAAGAUUUCUAAAUUUGGGUUAUAGAUUUGUAUAAAAUAUAUAUAUUAAAAGGAACAAAAAAAACACUAAGGCGAGGUCGAGGGUGCCGCGGUUGGAACGAUUAUUCUUAUUUCAUUGAAUAUGCAAGGAGAUGCGUUGAAAAAAUCUCCGUCACUUUUUUUCCACCUGCAAAACGGGAACUUUUCUCAACGUUUUGCUGCGCGUCCAACUCAGACCUCGUGCGAAUGUUUGCGCUUGAAACCAAAUCAAAGAUUAAAUGAGAGAAUAUUUUUAAUAUUUAGGCAUUUACAUUCAUUGUCUCUUUGCUGCCAAUUUUUUUUUUUUUUAAUUUGAAUGCCUUUUAGUCGGAACCUAAUAAAUCAGCACAUUUAAAACACAUCCCAACAAUUUGACCGAAUGAUUGAAAAGAAAAUUGAUUUGUUCACAUGACAUAUAAGUCUUCUAUUGUUGCAAUAAUUUUUUUGUCUGUUUUUGACAUCAUCACGUUGUUGAUGAUUGGCAAGUGUCUUCAAUAUGAUCUGUUUGCUUGACUCACGAUGGAUUUUAUUGUUUACCAUCUAUUAAUUUAUUGCAUUUUUGGAUGGCAGAAUAUUUGUAUGCUGAUGCGCACUUUGCAUCGUGAGAGGUGUGUUUGCUUCAGACCUUUACAUCUGCUUUAUUGUUCUAAUAAAGAUGAUUUGUUAAUUCUCCA